AAAAUAUCGUUAAAUUUGCAAUUAUAUUCUUAUUCUUUGUUUUCGUUGCUAUUAGAAUCUCGAUAGUUGGAUGUAAACAUAUUGAUUUUCUUUAAUCUUUACAAGGCAAAGACCGCAUAGUAUCUUGGGUAAUCCGCCAUAUUGGAUUUCCACCCCGCAGUAGGAAAGAGAAUUCGUUAAGUGUGGGGUUGGGUUUACUGAACAUUCGACAAAAUGUCGGGAAAUACUGGGAUGGAACAGCUCAUUCCAAUCGUCAAUAAACUCCAGGAUGCCUUUACACAGUUGGGUGUUCAUAUGCAACUGGAUCUUCCACAAAUAGCAGUUGUGGGUGGACAGAGUGCAGGAAAAAGUUCGGUAUUGGAGAAUUUUGUGGGAAGAGACUUUCUUCCUCGGGGUUCAGGAAUUGUUACCAGAAGACCUCUGAUUUUGCAACUUAUCACUAGUACUGCAGAGUAUGCUGAGUUCCUACAUUGCAAAGGCAAGAAGUUUGUGGACUUUGAUGAAGUCCGUCGAGAAAUUGAAGCGGAAACAGAUCGUGUCACAGGCUCCAACAAAGGCAUUUCGAACAUUCCAAUCAACUUGAGAGUUUGUUCCCCAAAUGUUCUGAAUCUGACUCUUAUUGACCUUCCUGGUCUAACAAAGGUCCCUAUUGGAGACCAGCCUGCUGAUAUCGAGCAACAAAUCCGAGCUAUGAUCAUGCAGUUUAUCACAAGAGAUAAUUCUUUAAUUUUGGCUGUUACACCAGCCAAUACAGAUCUCGCAAACAGUGAUGCGCUCAAACUGGCCAAAGAAGUUGAUCCUGCAGGUAUACGCACUAUUGGUGUCAUUACAAAAUUGGACCUGAUGGAUGAAGGCACAGAUGCACGUGACAUUCUUGAAAAUAAAUUAUUACCUUUAAGAAGGGGUUACAUUGGUGUUGUGAACCGCAGUCAGAAGGAUAUUGAGGGUCGUAAAGACAUAAAAGCUGCUCUUGCUGCAGAGAGAAAAUUUUUUUUAAGUCAUCCAUCAUAUCGGCACAUAGCAGAUCGUUUGGGUACUCCAUACUUGCAGCGAGUAUUGAAUCAGCAGCUUACCAAUCAUAUCCGAGACACAUUACCAGGCCUAAGGGAUAAACUGCAAAAACAACUGCUGACUCUUGAGAAGGAUGUGGAACAGUACAAACAUAUACGGCCGGAUGAUCCAGCUAUCAAGACGAAGGCUAUGCUGCAGAUGAUACAACAACUACAAUCAGAUUUUGAACGUACGAUUGAGGGUUCAGGAUCAGCACAAAUCAAUACAAUGGAGUUGUCUGGUGGAGCAAAAAUUAACAGACUUUUCCAUGAACGAUUCCCAUUUGAGAUUGUGAAGAUGGAAUUUGAUGAGAAGGAACUCAGGAGAGAAAUUGCUUUUGCAAUCAGAAAUAUUCAUGGUAUCCGAGUUGGCCUGUUCACACCAGAUAUGGCUUUUGAAGCUAUCGUGAAAAAGCAAAUUGCCCGCUUAAAAGAACCUAGUUUGAAGUGCGUAGAUUUGGUAGUAGCUGAAUUGUCCAAUGUGGUUCGAGUGUGCACAGACAGGAUGUCAAGGUAUCCACGCUUACGAGAGGAAACAGAACGAAUCAUAACAACAUACAUACGUCAGAGAGAGCAGCUAUGUAAGGAACAGAUCAUCUUACUAAUUGAUUGUGAAUUGGCCUACAUGAACACCAAUCAUGAGGACUUCAUUGGGUUUGCCAAUGCUCAACAAUCAUCAGAAAACUCGGUGAAGGCUGGUCGAAAGCUGGGGAAUCAGGUGAUCCGCAAGGGGUACAUGUGCAUACACAAUCUGGGCAUAAUGAAAGGUGGCUCCCGGGACUACUGGUUUGUCCUUACAUCAGAAAAUAUUUCAUGGUUUAAGGAUGAAGAAGAGCGUGAAAAGAAGUACAUGUUGCCCCUGGAUGGGUUAAAGCUUCGUGAUGUGGAGCAGGGUUUUAUGUCUAGAAGACAUACCUUUGCUCUGUUCAAUCCUGAGGGAAGAAAUGUGUACAAGGAUUACAAGCAACUUGAACUCAGCUGUGAAAAUCAAGAUGAUGUGGAUUCAUGGAAAGCCUCAUUUUUACGUGCUGGAGUUUAUCCUGAAAAGGCAACAGAGCAGGCCAAUGGGGAGGAGGUGAGGGUAAGUGUUGUCUCUGAGAACGAGGAGGGUUCGAGCAGUGAGUCAACACAGAAAUCAUCAGACUCGGGUGGUAGUGAAAGUAGUUCAUCAAUGGACCCUCAGCUAGAACGGCAAGUGGAAACAAUACGUAAUCUUGUGGACUCAUAUAUGAAGAUUGUGACAAAGACUACUCGUGACCUUGUACCUAAGACUAUUAUGAUGCUUAUCAUCAACAAUGCAAAGGACUUCAUCAAUGGUGAACUUCUGGCACACCUAUAUGCUUCUGGAGACCAGGCACAGAUGAUGGAGGAAAGCCCAGAAGAGGCCCUGAAACGUGAGGAGAUGAUGCGGAUGUACCAUGCCUGUAAGGAGGCCCUUUGCAUAAUUGGUGAUGUAUCAAUGGCUACAGUAUCAACACCAGUUCCACCACCUAUUAAGAAUGACUGGCUGGCAUCAGGAUUGGACAAUCCAAGGUUGUCACCACCCUCACCAGGUGGCCCACGCCGAACAAUGCCCAUGCAGCCUGUUGCAGCUCCAGGUUCUCGAGUACCUCCUCCACCUCCAGCUACUGGUCGUCCAGCACCUGCCAUUCCUAACCGCCCAGGACCUGAUAUGAGUCAGCGUAUGCCUCCUUCCUUGCCAGGACGGCCACAAUCAGCGGGUCUGCCACCACCACUCAUACCUUCUCGAUCCCAGGGCCAGGGAGGAAUGGGGAUGGGGAUUGGGAUGCCAUUCAUCCCCCAGCGCGCGCAGCAAGCCAUCGGUCAAGCCGCUGCGCAAGCUGCGGCUCAGGCAGCAGUCAGUGAAUUGAAGGGUGCAUUCAGAACAUCCACUAAACAUUAAGAAAAUCGUCAUGACGUGGGUUAGUCUUAAUGAUGAGCGAAGGAAGUAUCUUUAAGUGUGAAUGGAAUGCAAGGAAAAUAAAUCAUGUAUGAAAUGCAAUUGUAUUUGGAGACAAAUCCAGACAAUCUGAUGGAUUAGUUCAAUAUACAAAAUUUUAUUAGAAAGUAUAAACUAAUUCUUGCGAACAAGAAUAAUUCCUGCAUCUGUCAAAUGCCAUAUUUUGAAUGUCAUCUGUACUGUUAGCCACACUUUGUCUUCCUAUGAAAAAUGUUUCAUAUUUCUUUAUUAGAUGAAAGUGCAUGUGGCUUAAAGCAUUAUCAGAAUAAAUUAGCAAUAUAGUAGCAUCCUUCUCUGUAAUAGUCAGUGUAAGUUAAAAGGAAUUAAUAUAUGUUCUUUAGAAAUGGGCAACAUACAUUUUUCACCAUCAGAGUAAGGUCCCCUUGCGUUUGAUAGUUCAUUUUGCAUGGCCGUGUGCCAUCAUCUGUAUGUUUCUCAUAAUGCAUUUUUAUCCAUUAGACUUUUCCUAUAUUUAAUUACCUGUUAUUAAGUCCAGUGCAUCAGUCUUAUUCUUCUGGCUGGCUAAACUUAUUAAACAAUCAUAAUUUAUUUCUGUAUGCAAGAGUGGAAUGUCUGUUAAUUUUGUCAUGUACGUUUAUUUAUAUUUAAUCCUUUCUAGUUGUACAGCAUAUAUUGCUUGUUGGCUCCUAUUUCAUUACUGUCUGUAGUAAUGAGUCAGGUGAAUGGUUUUGUAGAGAUAAAAAACUCUUAAUAUAACUGACAGAUAUGUAUAUUAAACUGUUAUGCAACUGUUAUAAGUUAUGUGACAUGACAUUUGUAGGCCUAAAAUAAGAUAACUGAUUAUUAUGUAGGUUAAAGGACACCCCCUUUGUCAGAGCAUGUGCAUGAGUGAAACCAGAAUGAGAUAGUUCCAAACAUUCUGUUAUAUAGACAAAAUGUUUAACUUUGUGCAUUAAAAAUGAAAGACAUUUAAUUGCUAGAGUAGUUAGUUACACUUUCCAUUCCAUUAUGAAAACUGAUUGAAGUAUUUGUUGGUUAUUCUCUUCAUAACACAUCAGAAAUUGGACAUAUAGUGAGGUGCAAAAAAAUCUUUCAUGAUGAAUAUUGUAAUGAAUGUAAUGAACAUAUAUCAUAUAAAUUUCAUUAAAGGUCAUUUAUGGCUUUGUCAAAUAUAAGUUGCCAUAUCAUCUUCAUCACCACCGCUGCCACCACUACCACGAUCACCACCACCACCACCACUAUUAUCACCAUUAUCAUUAUGCAUGUCUGCAUUUUGGGGAAUGAAAUUGCGGGGUUUGAGUCUUUUGAUGUAAUGUUGUAUGCAGGCAUUUUUACGGAAUGUUACAAGCUCUCUUAAUAAACAUUCAUGCACACAACCAGCUGAUAGAAAAUGCUAAGCUAAUAGUAUUGUUUUGUUACAGGUCAUUUCUGUAAUGACAGACAUUACAAUAGAGUUAUUCUUAUAGAUUGUGAAAGUCAACAUUUUAACAGUUGUGUAAGGAAAUAACAGAUCAUGUGCCCUUUAUUAUGGCUGUUUAUUAAAUGUGGUUCUCAGAAAAGUAGUACUUUUUUCAGCAUUAUCUGGAUAGAACUGCAUUAAUUUUAGGUAAACUUGUAUUUCACAUGGCUAGCGAUAGUAUAAAACUUAUAGUAACUGUGGAAAAUGCAUGUUAAAGUAUGUGUUACAUUAAUGAUGGAGAGUAAACUGGAUACACAACAAAUUCUGUGGUUUAAAUAUGCCAUUGGCAGUUCAUACAAGUUCAAGUUUUAAAGUCAUGAUGAAACAUUUCUUUCCUAAAACUUGGUACACAAGUUGAACUUUACAGAUUAUGUAUGGUUCAGUGCUUUAUGCAGCAUCAGGAGGAGUUUUAAAUUUUCCUGCAGUUCACUGUUUAUUACUGAUGUCAGUGCAAUAUAUUUCAUAGUUGUGAUUUCCCCACACAGGUGAAAUUCCUUGUACAUUAGUUACACUCAACAACAGAAACAAUGUUUGUUAAUGUACAUUUUCUAUUCUGUCUAGAUGUUUGCUGUAUGUUUGAGCUUUGCUUAGCCUUCACUUCAGGUGUCGAUGUAUAGGAAUAUAUUUUGUGUGUGUGUUUAUGUGUUUAUGCAGUGAGCAAACAUGUAUAUACAGAGGAACAGAUACUGCAUAUUGUAAAGCACUUGCAUAAGAUUUAAUUCUCCACAGUUUCAAACCAUAUCAAGUUGUACAAUGUUAAGAUUUAGGCCAAACACCACUGACAUAACUGAUUUCUUGACCCAAAGUAAAAGUGUGUGUGUGUGUGUGUGCGCGCACAUGUCUGCAUGUAUGUGUAUGUAGUAUAGAUUGUUAUGACUACUUCGUUUUAAGUAAGACAAGUUUGUUACCUUUGCUUAGAUUGUGAUGUGUUGUACCGGUUAAAUGCAUUGACCGAAAGGGAGGGUACAUGUAAAUAAUGUUCUGCUCUUCAACUGUGUGGAAAGUAGCUCACUGCAUUAAGUUUAUUCUUUGUGCCAUAUGCUGUCAUCUUGCACUUAUUGUCACUGGUGUAUCAGGGCUAAUUGGGGUGGUAACAGGAUGUGAUGUUUGUUCAGAAGUACCGUGGAAUUCAGUGAAGUAAGUACAUCUGCCAUCAGAGAAGUAUGGCAACUGUGGAAUAUUGACAUUUAAUUUUAGAUUAUUAUAUGCAUAGACAUUUUCAGAAACACAAUGAUAACAAAAUAAGAUUCAUUUAGGCUGUACCAACGAAGAUUUGUUCACAUCUGAACAUGUUAAAAGACUUUGUAGCACAGUACUGUUUUUAUGUCUAUACUUAUCACAUUAUGGUAUUAAACUCUCAUUCCAGGUCAGUAUUAUUCAAUGCAUAUAGUAGCAUAACCAUAAGACAUAUGAGACAGUGUAGGCAAUGUAUAUUAACAGUUUUCCUGAUAAUUUUGCAAUAUAGUUUAUACAGUCAAUGUAUUUAUGAUGAACAACAAAGUUGUGUAAGAUAGGUAUAACCAUUAUGUGUAAAUAUGACAUGUGCAGCAGGAUCAUAGCUUUCAAGACUUGAAUCAUUGCCCUUAAAUUUUUUCUUUUGUCAAAAUGUGAUGAUCGGGCACUGUAUAUGUACAUAUUCUCUUACUGAUGGUAUACACUUUAUAGCCUGCUUGUUAUUUGCAUGUUGUAGUUUACACAUACAGAUUUGUUGCCCAGUAGUCAUAAUCAUCAUGUAAUCAUUUAAUUUUUCAUUUUAUAUUGAAUUUCACUAAAUCUAAUUGUUAAGAGUGCUUUUUCCCCAUAUACCCAACUAUGUUAAAGUAUAAUAGUAAAUAUUUGUAUAUAUGCAACUAAUAGAUGUAUCUUAAAUAAGAAACUAAGUAUAUGACAAAAAUGUGUAGAGUCAGUAUAUAUAUGUAUGAGAGUCAAUUAUAUUUAAUGCAUAUUACAUGAGACACUGUUCUGCACCUACAUAUUAGGAUGUGUAGAAUGAUAUAAUUGGUCCAAACCUGAGAAGAAAAUGUUUGGAGAUCACUUGAUGUGGAGAAGGGAGCUGUUUGGUGCUGUUCUCAUCUCUGCUUUUCUGUUUGAAUUCUAAUCAUAAAAUUGUGUUCCUUGUAUAAGGACUAUAACAGCCAAGUUGAGGGCAAAAUGAAAGCACUAGUCAAGUUGUGAGAACCAGGAGGCAAACAUCAUGUCUGACAUUACUUUUUAUUGUAAAGCAGAGUUACAUGCCUUUCUAAUGCAGACUAGAUUUGUGUAAUGAAUGAAGAACAUGUUUGAUAAAUAUUCUAAAUUAUUCUACAUAGUUUGAUGUUAAUCUGUAUCAUCGUUUCCCACUAGUGGCUGCACAAAAAUUGUUGGAAGACACGAGUGUCAGGGUAUUUUAAUAUUUCACAGUACUUCAAAAAUUUAAUGUUGCACUGGCAAACACAAUAAGGUCUUGGGCAUGUUAUGCUGAAAUAUGCCCUCAUCACAAAAUUUUAAGCACCAUUUAUAAUAAUGCUGUCAGUUUGGAAAGCUAAUAAUACUUUGUGUUCAUGCAGUUCUUUUCAUUUAUCCUUCUGGGUUGAUUUCUCCUUCUGUUUUGUCCAUAUACGGUGACACAUAACAUUCUCAUCUGAAGCAGCCCAAGACAUUUAAUUGUGAAGGUGACAUACGCAGGAAUGGGUGUUGUUGACAUGUGAACAUUUUUUUAAAUUAAGUUUUCUCAUUGAAGGUCUGUGUAUAUUUUCUUAAAGAUUGUCUUUUGUGAUGGUAAGUUUCUGCCAGCUGUAAAGUACAGACUGUCUGACAAAGAACUCUGGGAUUUGAAGAAAUCUAUAGACCCAGACAACACAGAAUAUUGCAUAUAGCACAGAGUGACAAAAUAUUCAAGUUUCGUUGUGCAAUGCAUUGCAGUGCAAAGUAAAGUUUGAGGCUGUGAGUCAUGGCAUCUCCGAAAGACAAACCAUUUUGUGUUCUAGUAUGCUGAAACAAAAUCUGUUGUGAGUGUACAGUGGAAGUUCUGUCAUGAAUAUCUAAGAAAGCACUCUCCAUCUGAUUAAAUGAUCUGGCAAUGGGUGCAGCAGUUCUUUGAAGCAGGAAGUAUUCAGAAAGGUAAAUCACCCAGAAAACCCAGCACCAUGGCAGGCAGCAUUGAACACAUCAAGCAGGCGUUUCUUUGAAGCUGUAAGAUAUCUGUGAUGGGAAAGUAAGCAGCUGCAGAUCCCAAGGAACAUGAUACGUGGUGUUCUUUACAAGUGCCUUAGACUUUGUGGGUAUAAAAGGCAGCUAAUGUAACAGAUUGAGCCAGAAGAUCAUUAAAAAAAUACAUGAACUUUGCAAAACAUUUCUUGCAACAGAUUGACGAAUGUGACACUUCUCAGUCGCAUUCUGUGUACAGAUGAGGCCACAUUUUGAGUGCAGUGAUGUGCAAAAAUUGCAGAACUUGGGGUUCCAAAAACCCACAUCACAUCAGUGAACACACCCAUGAUAAUACAAGAUGAAUGUGUGUUGUGUGGACUCAUUCAGUAAAGCCAUUGGUCCAUUUUUCUUUGCAGAGAACAGUUAUUAGUGUUUUUUACUUGGACAUGCUAUUGAACGUUGUGUUACUUCAAACAGAACUUUGAAUAUUGUCUUGACAUUUGUAGUGCUAUUAAUGGGGCCCAUAUUGAGUUGUAUAAAGUUUAUAUCUAAAACCCUAUACAGUAUUGCAUUGGGCUAAUUCAUAUUUCAAGCUUGAUGUGUUGUGUGGUUUCAUUUUCCUGCUUGGACUGUUCUCUAUCCUGUGUGUUAACAAAUACUACACUGCCAAAUCCCGGAGUUCUUUCAUACACCCUGCACAAAUUAGAUCAUGGUAAAUAAAAUAUGGUCCAAGAAUCUGAAUUCAAGGUGUCUUGGAAUAAUCAUGUAUAUUACCUGUGAAGCUUAUAAAUUAACUAUACUGUACCAUAUAUAUCUUGAUGGUUUCUCAAGACAUGUCAAUGAAAAUACUUGGUUUUGGUAUUAUUCUUGAAUUUGUAGUUCAAUUACAGACUUACAACUGCAUUGUUUUGUAUUUAGAAUAUUUUUCAGUCAAAUACUGUGGUCAGGUACACUAAUAUUUUCUUCUGUCCUUUUCUCUUGCAUGAUUCUAAAGUGGUCUAUGACUGCACUCCUGUCUAUUUCCCUUUCAUCAUAUCCAUAAUAUAUGAAUACUAGAUACAACAUUAUGAAACAGUCUUCAGUCUAACACAGUAAUUUUGCCACUAUUGUUUAUUCCAUAAAUAUCAAUUCAUAUUUUAAUGUUUUACCUUUUAUUUUAUUUAAUUUCUUAACAUGUGCAUGGAACUCAGGCAGCCUUUCAGUUUUAUCUUAUAUCAUUUUUAAAUUUUAAUCUUGUAUUUCUAAAUUAACUUGAAGUUUUAAUCCAUGUUAAUUCUGUGGUGUUUGUUAAGAGGGGUAAAUUCAAACAUAAUUCAUAUUAACUUAAGCCCUUUAUAUGAAGUAUUAAGGAAUUAUUCUCUCAACAUGAACUUCUGUACUAAAGAAAGGUGUUAUGUAGUUUGGCUGCUUUAUCACAGGGACUUGUGACAGCUCUGAGAUUCCAGUACUUUAAGUUGGAUGGCUUAUGAUAUUAAAUGCGGUUUAUAACUGAUUUCGUACAGUUUAUGAUGGAAUAGCUAAGUCUACUAACUAGUCUGUGGGUUGGAUGACUAGGGUUUGGUUCCUGGCAAGUGUGGGAAUUUUUCUUUUUCCACCACUGAAUGUUGGACACUAAAGAAGUUUCAGUGGUAUGUGUAUAAGAGUGUAGUAGUGUAGAUAUAAAAUAACAGUUAAGAUUAUGACAAAAGAUGCAUAGAAUUAAGAGAAAUAACAUGUUUCAUGAUAUGUGAAGUUUAAAAUGAUAGAAAACAACACAGACUUAUAAAAAGUAACAAUAAAAUAUAACUGGCCAUUCA